AUGGACACAGGAUUCACUCUGGACAAGGAGAUGCUGAAGAAGCUGGGGCUUCCCUUCUUGUACAAAAAGCCAGAAUGGUGGCUGCACCAGUGUGGCCAUGACUACUUGGAUGUCUGGGGCCAGGGCACCCUGGUGACCGUCUCCUCAGGUAACUGCAACCCUCCCUGCCUCGCUCUGGCCCUGGGGGAUCCAUCUGGGGGCAGGGGAGCCGGCGGCGUGGGCUGCGUCCCCGGGUUCCGAGGUGGACUGUGCGGGCCGGGAGGGUUUCUGUUGGGGGAGAAGCGGGACUGUGUCCCUGUGCAACGCUUUUGGUUACUGGGGCCGGGUACCCUGGUCACCGUGUCCUCAGAACGGGGCCUCUGGCAAUGUGACUACUUUGAAUACUGGGGCCAGGGGACCCUGGUCACCGUCUCCUCAGAGAACCCAUCCCCUCCAAACCUCUUCCCCCUCAUCACCUGUGAGAGUUUCCAGUCCGAUGAGACCCUGGUGGCCAUGGGCUGUCUGGCCGGGGACUUCCUGCCCAACGCCAUCACCUUCUCCUGGACCUACAAGAACGACAGUGAGGUCGGCAGCCGGGACAUCAAGAACUUCCCUUCGGUUCUGAGAGAGGGCAAGUAUGUGGCCACCUCUCAGGUGUUCCUGCCCUCCGUGGACGUCCUCCAGAGCUCCGAGGACUACCUCACAUGCAAGGUCAAGCACACCAAGGGUAACAAAUCCGUGAAAGUGCCCUUCCCAGUGACCGUAGAACUGCCCCCCAACGUGACCGUCUUCAUCCCGCCCCGCGACGCCUUCUCUGGCAACGGCCAGCGCACGUCCCAGCUCCUGUGCCAGGCCAGGGGCUUCAGCCCCAAGCAGAUCUCCGUGUCCUGGUAUCGUGACGGAAAGCAGCUCACGUCGGGCAUCGACACUGGCAUGGUGGAGGCUGACGGGAAAGUGUCCGGGACAGUGACCUACAGAGUGCUCAGCACGCUGACCAUCACCGAGAGCGCCUGGCUCAGCCAGAGCGUGUUCACCUGCCAAGUGGAGCACAGCGGCGUGACCUCCGAGAAGAACGUGUCCUCCGUGUGCACCUCCAACGCAGCCGUAGGCAUCAGCAUCUUCACCAUCCCACCCUCCUUUGCCAGCAUCUUCCUCACCAAGUCGGCCAAGCUGUCCUGCCUGGUCACAGACCUGGCCACCUACGACAGCCUGACCAUCUCCUGGACCCGCCAGAAUGGCGAGCCUCUGAAAACGCACACGAACAUCUCUGAGAGCCACCCCAACAUCACCUUCAGCGCCAUGGGGGAGGCCACGGUCUGUGUGGAGGACUGGGAGUCGGGGGAGCAGUUCACCUGCACGGUGACCCACACGGACCUGCCCUCGCCACUGAAGAAGACCAUCUCCAGGCCCAAGGGGGUCCCCAAGCACAUGCCAUCUGUGUACGUCCUGCCACCAAGCCGGGAGCAGCUAAGCCUACGGGAGUCAGCCACGGUCACCUGCCUGGUGAAGGGCUUCUCUCCCCCAGACGUGUUUGUGCAAUGGCUGCAGAAGGGGCAGCCCGUGCCCCCCAACACCUAUGUGACCAGUGCUCCGACGCCCGAGCCCCAAGCCUCCGGCCUCUACUUUGUGCACAGCACCCUGACUGUGAGCGAGGAGGACUGGAGCGCUGGGGAGACCUACACCUGUGUAGUAGGCCAUGAGGCCCUGCCCCACAUGGUGACCGAGAGGAGCGUGGACAAGUCCACCGAGGGAGAGGUGAGCGCUGAGGAGGAAGACUUCGAGAACCUGAACACCGUGACGUCCACCUUCAUCGUCCUCUUCCUCCUCAGCGUCUUCUACAGCACCACAGUGACGCUGUUCAAGGGGCCUCCGCCGCUGGGUCCCCACACAACGCACGGUCCCAUCUCCAACCCAGCCGACCUGGCCGGCCCCCAGGAGGGUCCCACCCCUCGUGGGGCUGAGCUGUGUGGGACCGAGGACUGGCGGGAGCACCGGGCACUCAUCCUGCCAAACGCCGGGCCCAGCAACUCCAGGAGUCGCCCCGAGCGCGGCGGCCCCGCGUUGAAAGCCGCGCCUCAGGAGCACCUGAAUCAGGGAGAGGCGAGACGCGGUGUGACUGCCCCGGGCACAGAGGCCCCGCACGCUGCGUGCCCCCCGGACGGCCGGGCCAGCCUCAGCCUGAGCGGCUCAGGCCCCACUACGCAGCGGCUGCACCCCGGUACCCGGGCCCCCCGCGCCCCUGCCAGCAGCCCCCCUGGCCUCUGGGUCCGCAGCUCUGCCCUCAGCGCCAGCCCUCCUCUGCCUCCGCCGGGCAAGCCCGUUUACGGACGGCAGCCAGCCGUCUGCGCUGCGCUGUGUGGACGCUCCGCCGCGUGCCCCGGCCGUGCCUGCAAAGCCCAGCAGCACUCCCCGAGCGCGGACAUGAGAGGCCUGCGGAACCCCUCAGCUUUUCCUGCCAUGCACCUGAGAGCCGAGUGCCUGCCCUCCCCGGGGCUCCGAGGCCACCUGCGCGUCUCCAGCCACACCGAAACGCUGCAUCUGUUCCCCUUGGUCUCAGAAUGUAAAGCCCCAAAGCAAGGCGACUCCGUAGGCCUGGCCUGCUUGGCACAAGGACCCUCCGCAGAGUCCGUGCAGGUCACCUCGAGCUUGGGGGCGCAGAUGACCACCCUGAUCACGCUGGGGGCCCCAAAGCACACGAAGCUGUCCUUCCUGUUGGUCACCUGGAAGCCGGACCCGCACUUCUGCAGAGCCAUCGUUUCCGGCCUCCCGCUGGAGAAACCCAUCCCAUGGCCAGAGUCCUGGGAAGGGAAGACCGGCCCAUCGGCUCACGGGCCAUCUCCACUGGAGACCUCCUCCACACCCAGCGUCCCAGUGUCCUCCACCAGCCACACCCAGACACAAGCCGCAGAGUCAGGAAGCCCAGUGGACACUACGCUCAGAGACUGCCGGAACCACACUCACCCUCCCAGCCUCUACCUGCUGCAGCCUCCCCUGCGGGGCCCGUGGCUCCAGGGAGAGGCCACCUUCACCUGCCUGGCGGUGGGGGAUGACCUGCAGGAGGCCCGUGUGUCCUGGGCAGUGGCCGGGGCGCCCCCCAGCAGGGCGGUGGAGGAGGGGCUGCGGGAGGAGCACGCCAACGGUUCCCAGAGCCUGAGCAGCCGCCUGGCCUUGCCAGUGUCCCUGUGGGCCUCGGGGACCAGCAUCGCAUGCACGCUGAGCCAGCCCAACAUGCCGGCCCAGGUGGCGUCUGCAGCACCAGGACAGCACGCGGCCACCGCGCCCAGCAGCCUCACUGUCCGCGUCCUGACCGUGCGCCAAGCAGCCUCCUGGCUCCUGUGUGAGGUGUCGGGCUUCUCGCCCCCGGACAUCCUCCUCACCUGGCUCAAGGGCCGCACGGAGGUGGACCCUGCGGCAUUUGCCACAGCACGCCCCGUGGCCCAGCCUGGGAACAGCACGUUCCAGACCUGGAGCGUCCUGCGUGUCCUCGCAGCCCAGAGCCCUGGCCCAGCCACCUACACAUGUGUGGUGAGGCAUGAUGCCUCCCGGAAGCUGUUCAACACCAGCCAGAGCCUGGACACUGGUCUGGCCAUGACGCCCCCACCCCCCCAGAGCCACGAUGAGAGCAGGGGGGACGCCACGGACCUGGAGGACGCCGGCGGGCUGUGGCCCACGUUUGCAGCCCUCUUCCUGCUCACUCUGCUCUACAGCGGCUUUGUCACCUUCAUCAAGGUGAAAUGACUCCAGGAGAGUAGACGCUCAGCCUCCACGCUGUCGCCAAGGGCAAAGGGGCCCAGCCCGGACUCCAGCCCCAUCUCCGCCCACCCCCCUCACACC